UAUGUUUUUGUUGGGGGAAAAGUUGGUUGUAGUUAGGUCGUGUGAAUGUAGCGUGUCCGUCGUGUUUCGCCCCUCGGUAACAGGGGGAAUGCGAGUUUUUUACUUUUUAGCAGUCGGAGAGCGAGCUUUCGAGCAGGGUUACAGCGCUUUACGUCCUCUGGCUCGGACCGAAAAUCUCAGUGGCCAUCAUCGUUUCACCUCUGCCGUCUCGUUAGCCACCUAGCUAGCUCCGCCGCUAGCUAACUACCCAACAAAGUUAACGCUACCUCGCCUCAUAGUGUGUUUUCUUGUGGUAACUUCCAGCUUGGAAAAAGCCCUAGACAUGGCGGAAACCAAAAUAAUUUAUCACAUCGACGAAGAGGAGACGCCGUAUUUGGUGAAGAUACCCAUUGCUGCCGAAAAUAUCACUUUGCUGGAUUUUAAACAGGUCUUGAACAAGCCAAACUACAAAUUCUUCUUCAAGUCUAUGGACCAGGACUUCGGGGUGGUGAAGGAAGAGAUUUCCGACGACGGUGCCAAGUUGCCUUGUUUCAACGGCAGAGUGGUGUCAUGGUUGGUAUCUUCAGACACUCCAGCAGCAGAGCCUCCGGUGGCAGUGGUCCCCCCUGUGGAAACAACGACACAGCCUUCGCCUCCUCCUCCGCCCCUUCCACCCCCACCUGCAGAGAGGACCGGGGGCAUAGGGGACUCCAGGCCGCCCUCCUUCCAUCCCAAUGCGACAGGCAGUGUGGAGACCUUGGACGACCAGACUGAAACAGAGUCUGUAGUUUCCUUCAGGAGAGAGAGACCUCGGCACAGAGAGAGCAUGGAGCAACACGGUCCUCGUAUGAAUGGCCAGAGUCGACUGGAGCGCCACCUGGCAGGAUAUGAGAGCUCCAGCACGGUGAUGAGCAGCGAGCUGGAAACCACCAGCUUCUGCGACUCUGAGGACGACGACACCAUGAGCAGGUUCAGCAGCGCAACAGAGCAGAGCACGGCCUCUAGGCUUCUUAAACGCCACCGCCGACGCAGGAAACAGCGCCCCCCACGUUUGGAGAGGGCCUCCUCCUUCAGCAGUGUGACAGACUCCACAAUGUCUUUGAACAUCAUCACCGUCACUCUCAACAUGGAGAAGUACAAUUUCUUGGGCAUCAGCAUUGUUGGCCAGAGCAACGAAAGGGGGGACGGGGGCAUCUACAUCGGGUCCAUCAUGAAGGGAGGAGCCGUGGCUGCAGACGGACGCAUCGAACCUGGAGACAUGCUGCUGCAGGUGAAUGACAUCAACUUUGAGAAUAUGAGCAACGACGAUGCUGUGCGGGUACUGAGGGAAAUUGUACACAAGCCAGGGCCCAUCAUCCUCACAGUAGCUAAAUGCUGGGACCCUUCUCCUCAGGGCUACUUCACUCUGCCUCGCAAUGAACCGAUCCGACCCAUUGACCCAGCGGCGUGGGUGAGCCACUCUGUGGCUAUGACCGGGGCCUACCCCGCCUUCCCAGGCAGCUCCUCCCUCAGCACCAUCACCUCUUCCUCCUCCGUCACCGAGACUGAACGUUUUGAUGACUUCAACUUAUCACUGCACUCUGACAUGGCAUCGGUUGCCAAGGCCAUGGCCUCACCAGAGUCGGGUCUGGAGGUCAGGGACCGCAUGUGGCUUAAAAUCACCAUCCCCAACGCUUUCCUUGGCUCAGACGUAGUGGAGUGGCUGUUCCACCACAUCGAGGGAUUCCAGGACCGCCGUGAAGCCAGGAAGUACGCCAGCAACCUGCUGAAGGCCGGCUUCAUCCGACACACCGUCAACAAGAUCACCUUCUCCGAGCAGUGUUACUAUGUCUUCGGAGAUUUAAGCGACUGUGAGAACUACAUGGCCAACUUGUCCCUGAAUGACAAUGACGGCUCCAGCGGGGCCUCAGACCAGGACACUUUGGCCCCCCUGCCUCUCCCUGGAGCCUCCCCGUGGCCCAUGAUGCACACCUUCCCCUAUCAGCCCUACCCCACACAUGCCUUCUCCAGCCAGCCACCUCCGUACCACGAGCUCACCAGCUACAGCUACGCCCCCGGCAGCACCGGCAGCCAGCACAGCGAAGGGAGUCGAAGCAGUGGAUCUACAAGAAGCGAGGGCGAGCGACGUCGCAGCACUAAAGGUCCUGGCAGCACCGCUGGUGGAGGGGAGAAAUCCCCCUCUGGCGGGGGCGGGGAAGGUGACUCUCGCUCCGGCAGCGGCAGCGAAUCAGAAUACUCCACCCGCAGCAGCUUGAGGCGUGGCCACGGUUCAGCCGCCCCCAGCGAGCACAGCCACGCAUCAUCCCAGCGCUCGCAUCAUCACCGCAUGCCCCAGCCGCCCCACAUGUCUCCUUACCCUCCGGGUAUCCUGCCUUACAACCCCAUGAUGGUGAUGAUGGUACCCCAGCACCCGCACCCGGCCAUGGCAACCGCUCACGCUCUUCCUCACACGCAGCAGAUGCCCACAGGCCCCAUGCACCCCGCUCUACCCCCGCCCCCUUCCUCCACUCCAGGGGGGCCUCCUGGGGCCCCACCCACCCGUGACCUGGGCUCUGUACCCCCAGAGCUGACUGCAUCACGCCAGUCGUUCCACCUGGCCAUGGGAAACCCCAGCGAGUUCUUUGUGGAUGUCAUGUAGCUUUUCUGUCUGGGUGUUAAGUGACCAUUCAUGUGAAGUUAGUGUACGGUUCCCACUUGUUUUGACGAGGAUCUGGUGGUAGCUUUUUGAGCUCACAAGGGCCUAUUGGAUUGAGGGCACUUGUUGCAAAUUUGGUGAGAACAGGGUUUAACAUUGACAAAGAAAAUAAAACACGAAAUUAAAACAAUUAAUGUGGGAUAUGGUCUGACUAUAUGUCUGUACAAAGUCUAGUUUCUCUCAUUCAAAUCCACUCUGAUAACAGUCAUUUUUUUCAGUACUAAAUCCAGACAGAAAAGUGCUACCUUCUUGUCUCAGUAGUGAGCUGGUUUGUUUUUCUCCAGAAGCGAACUCUCAGCACAGUAUUUUGAGUGCCCGUCAGAGCUGCUCAGCACUCUGGCUUUGCAAUACUCAAAACAGAAAUAUUAUAUUUUAGGAAGGGAAUCACCUUCCCGAACCAGCUACUUGUGUCAGAGCUGUCCAUCCAGGAAGCGCACAGACCACAGGUUAACACUAGAGGGUGCCAGGUACACUGUGUACUUGAAAAGGAUAUAAUCCUGCAGACAUAUCUGGAUCAUCAUGCCAGAUUCGUUGGCAGCACAGGAGUAUAUCAAGUGCCUUACUCUUUGCAUUGUUUAGAGACAUUUUCACACUCCAGGUACAUAAAAUAACUCAUCUUGUUCCAGCAUUGUUUGACAAUGACCUUCUCUGUAUGUAUAUCUACUACUCCUAUGUAAAUGCAACAAUACAGAACAGCAAGCUCUAAUGUGAAAAGAAAAUAGGUCCAAAAAUGUCAGGUGGACUUGUGUUUAGUAAUCACUGUCUAGGACUAGUCGUCAGAUAACUCUUAUUGUGAGGAGUUCUACGUAUGGGACUGUAGAGGCUUAAAGGUACUAAUAGGUGAAAAGACGAGACGCUGAAAGCGGUACUUUCUGAUUACAUCCAGUGUAUAUCUUUAAGUAACUGCGAUCAAAACGCCCCAGCUCCCCAUGCUUAUUUUUAUGUUACUGACUCGCAUUAUUCACCCAUUUCAUUUUUGUAUGAGUGACUAUAUAAAUCAUGUAUAACCGAACUAUUAAGGUGCUAAAUGAAGAUUCAACAUUUCAGAAAGAAUGACAUUGACAGUGUCAUGUUGUUUGAUUUCAUAUCGCCACCUUUGUUUGUGUAUUUGAGAAUAAAUUUGAUACUUACAUAC